GCCACGUGUCAAGAAGAUUACAUUGUCAUCAACGGGAUAACGACCCCAGAUUACAGCCAACACUUGUACGACCCUCCAGCCUCGACCGCGGAUCACCAGGAUGAGCAUCAGUUUAUGGAGGUCAGGCAUGCAGACGAUAGAUACAGCGACGCGUCCUCGGGAGAUACAGGAACCAGUGACAGUGGCCGAGGCGGCAGCGAGGAUGAGUGUCAUGGCCUUGCUAACUCUUCUACUGAUGGAG